CCUGUGGAAUUUGCAUCAUCAUUCAGGAAAGCUAACUUGGUAUGACAAGGAAGCUUAAACACAAUACCAUACUGAAGUGGAGCUGGCUUCCAAUGACAGAACAGCACCAAAGCUGAGGCAAAAGGCAGGUGUUUUUCAGUAGCAUUUUGAUAUCACUGAAAAGUUAAAAGACGCCUGAGGAGCUUUGUACCUGUUGGCACAAGCAGUUUUAAAGGUUAGAGGCAGAAAGGGAGUGUGUGCAAUAGCUAUUAGCUAGGAAAAGACGAAGAGAAGAAAAAAGAAGAGAGAAGGUUUUUGUUUUAAUCUUUGUUAAUUGUGUGAGCUGCUCUAAAGCAUGUUUAGGAAAUCUCCAGUGUCAUCAUUUUCCAAUGGAAGCUACCCUCAAGGACAACCUAACUUGCCUUCAACAUAUGACAUCAAGGUAGAACCAAGAGACAAAGUGGUGCUGAAGAAGAAAAUAACUUUCCUGAGAGGAGUAUCCAUUAUCAUUGGUACUAUAAUUGGAGCAGGAAUCUUCAUCUCUCCAAAAGGAAUUCUGAAACACACUGGCACUGUGGGAAUGUCCUUGAUUGUCUGGACUGUCUGUGGCAUUCUUUCACUCUUUGGUGCUCUCUGCUAUGCAGAACUAGGCACAAGUAUUAAGAAAUCUGGUGGUCAUUACACAUAUAUUCUUGAAGCCUUCGGCCCACUACCUGCCUUUGUAAGAGUCUGGGUAGAACUACUCAUCAUACGCCCUGCUGCCACAGCAGUAAUCUCUCUGGCAUUUGGACGCUACAUAUUGGAACCAUUUUUUAUACAGUGUGAAAUCCCUGAGCUUGCUGUUAAACUCAUUACAGCUGUAGGAAUCACAGUUGUAAUGGUCCUGAAUAGUAUGAGUGUCAGCUGGAGUGCCCGCCUUCAGAUUUUCCUAACCUUUUGCAAGCUUGUAGCAAUUCUGAUAAUUAUAGUCCCCGGAGUUAUGCAGCUAAUUAGAGGAAAAACGGAGCACUUUCAAAAUGCAUUUUUGGGAAAUGUAGCCAGUGUCAAAGGAUUGCCUCUAGCUUUUUAUUCUGGAAUGUACGCUUACUCUGGUUGGUUUUAUCUCAACUUUGUUACUGAAGAAGUGGAAAACCCUGAAAGAAAUGUGCCACUUGCCAUUUGCACAUCAAUGGUUAUUGUCACAGUUGGCUAUGUCUUAACUAAUGUGGCCUAUUUUACAACUCUCAGCCCUGAGGAUAUACUAAUCUCCAAGGCAGUGGCAGUGACCUUUUCUGAACGUCUACUGGGAAAUUUUUCCUUAGCUGUUCCUAUUUUUGUUGCACUUUCUUGUUUUGGAUCUAUGAAUGGUGGUAUAUUUGCAGUUUCAAGGAUGUUCUACGUUGCAUCCCGUGAGGGUCACCUUCCAGAAAUUCUUUCCAUGAUUCAUGUUCACAAGCACACUCCUCUGCCAGCUGUCAUUGUUUUGUACCCUCUCACUAUGAUCAUGCUCUUCACCAGUGAUCUCCAAAGCCUCUUGAACUUCCUCAGUUUUGCAAGAUGGCUUUUUAUAGGAUUGGCAGUUGCCGGGAUGAUCUAUCUCAGAUAUAAACGUCCUGAUAUGCCUCGUCCUUUCAAGGUGCCACUGUUUAUUCCUGCUCUGUUUUCCUUCACCUGUCUCUUCAUGGUUGCACUGUCACUUUAUGCUGAUCCGGUUAAUACUGGCAUUGGUUUUGUAAUUACAAUGACAGGUAUCCCUGCCUACUACCUCUUUAUUAUAUGGGACAAGAAGCCAACAUGGUUUAGGAGAUUUUUAGGGUCUCAGGAGUGCCUCGGAGCAACCACCCAAAAUGUCCAUGCAUCUGCUUUCAAGCUUUAUGAUGUGGAUCCAGAAAGGUGCUUCAUUUUGCUGAAGAAGUUACUCAGGCUUACUAUUAAAUACUGCUUCUUCAUCUGUGACAUUUUGACAGUUCAGAUAUUUAUUUUUAGAUUUAUAUCCAGCCUUCCCUCCAGGAGCUCUGCUUCAUCCUCUACCUCAUUUUAUCAUCGGAACUCAUAAACAAGGUAUGCUAGGCUGAAAAAUAAUGAUUGGCAUUCAUCAUUAUUUUUGCCUAUAUCUGAGCAUUAAUUAUUGUAUCCUUGGUUUUCUUUAUUUCCAUUCUGUACACAAAGCUAUAUUUAAUAUUAAAUCUGUUUUGGUUCAAGCCUAUAUCAUCAUGAAGCAUUUAAAAAAGCCAUGAAGAAUUGACUUGAUAAAAGUAUCUACUGACUUGUGUAUCAUAAAAAUUGAUAUGAAAGUUUUUGUGAAAGAGAAUAAGUUAUAAUUUGGAGUUCCCAGAUAGAUAAUUUCCUGUUAUCACUCCUGGCCAUUCUACUUAAAAACUAAGUUAUGCAGCCUUAAAAAUAUUGAUAUGUUUUGCCACUAAAGAAAUAAUUUUAUUGGCAAAAUGUUCUCAUUAGAAAGAUGAUGAGGGGGAGUUGAGUACUUCACUAUUGCCAUUGUCCCAGUCAGAACAAUCAAAAUGCUCUUUCUCCUGCUAUACAAAUUUAUAUAUCCCAGGCAUUGGGAUAGAGUGAAUGAGACCAGGAUAGGAAAGAAAGUGGGGACAUUAAAAAAGAAUGGCUAUUGUGCAAUGUUUUCCCUAUUUCUAGCAUUGUUGAUUUUAUAUUGUUUUAUUAGUUGUAGGUUGCCAAAAAUUGGUUUUAAGAUGGGCAGUUAUAUAAAUUUUAUAAGUAAAUGAAUAAUUAAAAUAUUUAUAUAUUUAUAUUUGCAUCAUACUGUUCAUUCUGGAGUUGAAAGUGGAAUAGGCAGCAUUUCCUUCACUUGUUAUAUCUCACAACCACUCUGUGAGGUAGCUUGGGUUAAGAAAGAAUAAGUGAUCCAAGUCAUUUGUAAGUUUCUAUGGCUGAAAAUGGACUUGGACCUGAGUCAUCUCAGUGAUAGUCAAGACUGUGAACACUAAACUAAGUGAAAGUGCUGUUGAUUUGUUACCUACAUCUUAUCUAGUUUGACUAUAAAGUUUGUAGUAUAGGAAUGUUUUGUUCUGGGAUAAUUAGUAUCAGUACAAAUCUUGGCUGUGGCUUCACUGAAGAAUUUAGCUUGCAUAUUUAAUAAAUUCACACAAUGGGUAAAGAAUAGUCUCACUCUUCCUCUGGGCACAUCCAACAAAUGAAAGAAUAUUUCAUACACAUAACAACUCACAUUUUCCUGACAUUAUUUAUUCAUUUUAUUUAUUAAACAAAUUUAUAUGUCCACUCAACUCCCAUAAGGUGACUCUGGACAGCUAAUAAAACUAAAAAUUACAGUAACCCAUAGACUCUCCCACCCGUCCACAGUGGUAACAUACACCAUCCCACUAACCAUUUGAUCGGCUUCACAUCAACCUGAGGUCCUCAUGCUGGCUAACACAACCACAUCUUCAGGGCCUUCUGCAAAAGUAUCAAGGUGAGGAUGAUUCUUAUCUUUGGGGUAGAAUAUUCCAUAAGGAAGGAGCCACCACAAAGAAGAACCUUUUUCUUGGUCUCAGUAGAUGUACUUCUGUAACAGAUAGGAGCUGCAGAGGUUUGCUUUUCAUAAAAGAUUAAUUAAAGUCCUUGAGGGACAACAUGAGUCUGUUGCUUAUCCUAACCCUGAAUGCACCAAAGGGUUGCCUGAAUGAGAAUUAUGUGUAUACCACAAUACACUUAAAAUUGUUCAGGGGCUUUUAUUUUCAUAAGAAACAAACAUUCAUAAUCUUGUCUAUCUUCCUUUUAUUUUUCCAGGGAUGAUUGAAGCUAUUGAAGAAGAUCAUAUUCAUUGUCAAAACAGUAUUUCGAGGAUUUUGCCUCUUACCAGAUUAUAAAAGAAAAGAUAGUGGAGGUGUAUUUGGAGAAUGGACAAUAUUGGCAAUUAUUACUUUGUCCUGCCUCCCCUAAAUAUGUUAUGUACUUAAGUGAAGAACUUUAGUCUUCUCAGGUAGCUGUUUGGCCUCUUUUUAUGAAUACUAAGCUCCCUGAGAUUCAGAAUCAAUAAAAACAAUUUCUGCAGGGAAAGGAGAAAUGUUAUUUGGGAAGCUGAAAUAUACUUUUGCAUUAAAAUGUCUCUUUUUCUAGAUUAUAUGGAUAUUUUAAAAGUAAGACUGCAACAUUAAAAAAUAAAAUAGAACUCUCCAAUGAGUUAUAAAAAAAUCAUUCUCUAGCAGAAUAGAAUAUGUAGACAGGAGAAAAUAUUCUCUGGUGAGGUAAAUGUACAAUGAAUAACACUGCAUAUACUAAUUCUAGGCUGAAAGCUAUUCUCUAAAGGGAAUGAAUAAUGUCAUUCCACUAGAGAACUGCACCAUCUAACUUUCAACAGAAAGCUCUAUUAUCAAUGAUUUUGCUUCUGAGAUGCUUUUGUGGUUCUGAUGUGGCACUGCUGAAGUCAGUUAUUCUUUUUGGUGGGAAAAUUAAAACAUGACUUCUUGAACUCUUGGAUGAAACUAGAUCCACACUAAGCAAGAUUAUAAGAAGUUUGCAAGCUUCAGAGGUCAUCAAUAUAUUUUGUCAGGAUUGAAAGUAAGCAAAAAUGAAAAAGAGCAAAGAGUAAAUGAAAUGUUGGAUAAGAUGAAAAAAUCAGAAUAUUAUGUUUAUUUUGAACUGGAAUUGUUUUAUUCAAUGUAAAGUAAAACCCUAUUACUUUUAGUUUAUUUUUGCCUAUACUGCUCUCUCAAAUCUUCUAUGUAUAUGUUCAAGCUGUAUAUAUUAGAUAGGAACUACUAGUAGUUUUUGACCAAAACAAAGGAAGGUUAUAUCAUUUUCCAUAUUUAAAUUCAGUAACAGCAGAUAUGAUGGAUCAGUCUUUUCCCAGAGUGUCAAUUUUGCAUAUAUUGAUAAGUUUGUUUUCAUUCGUGUCUUCUAUAAUGUGCAAUAAAAAUGUAUAAUUUUUCUAUGCAUCUUAUGAUGCUUACUUAAAAGUAAUUCACAUUAAGUUCACUGGGAUUUACUACCAGGUAUCUUUGCGUAUAAUCCAGUAUUAAUAUCCUUUUUUUCUCACAGAACAUGCAUAUGUAAACAUAGUUUAUCUAACUGCACAUAUUUAUAUUUGUGGAAUCUUUUUUAGGUGAGAACUACUUCACAACAUGUAGGUAAGUACACAGUUAAAAUUAAUAUAUUUGCAUUGGCCCAAGUUGUUUGUUUAGAAUAUAUGAAUAUACAUAUAAUAUUUCUAUGGAAGGAUCCUAUUCUUGGAACAUCUUCUAAAAAUAUCCUUUGUAGGCUUAUUUUAUAUAGGUUUCCUUAGUUAUUUCUUCACCAGUGAUUUAUACUGUUAGCAUUAUGCAAUCAUUGUUGUACUGAUAUGACAGUAAUGAAAACUGGUUUUAUGUUGCUUUAAUAAUUAGGAACUGAUGUUAUAAAGGUGCUGCAAAUUCCUGGUGAGAAAUUUUUGAUUCAACUUUCAUAAUUAAUGGCUAUUUUUAAAUUCUUUUAUACUUUUAACUGCAAAAUUUCUUUAUAUGUCCACAUCAAACACACUUUUGCAUGUAAUAUUUUCUUGCAUAUUUUUUUAAUUUCAUAUGUCUGCUAUGGGAGGAAUAUAGGAAAAAACAUCACACAGAAAGAACAGCAUGUUAACACGUUUUUGUUUUUAUUUUUUAAAAUAUGUAUAAACUUAUUUAAACUUUUAAUAAAAAAUUCCACAUAGAAAUCACUAACUAUAUUUGUGAAAGACAAAUGUAUUAUUCUGCAAUAAAGUUCACAAAUUUCACAAAUUUAGCUCUCUUACAGAUGAAAAAAUGAUAGCCUAUGUAUAUUUAUUUUUUAUAAAUUAGAUAAUAAUAUUUUGAAUUAGUGUUUCAGCCAAAUGAAAUCUUUCGGGGUUUCUUUCAUUCCUUUUAUGAUAAUUUCUUUUACUUCAGCUUAGCUGGUUGUAUGGAAUCAGGUAAGAGAAUUUGGUGUUAUGUUUAUGAGUCUGGCAAAAUAGCCAAGAAUCCUACUCUUUUCUAUGGGAUUUGGUGAUCCAUAUCAUGGGUGAAUGGCAGACAAGACAGUCUGCCUGAUUAGAUUUUUUUUUAAAAAAAUAUAUUUUAUUAAUUUUUUUUUAAUUAAUUUUUUUUUAAAUU